AUAUAUAUAUAUAUAUAUUCUUUUUAUCUUCUUCAAGUCUGAUGCCAUCAAAAUUUUGGGUUUUAGACGAUCUGAUAUUUGAUUCUAUUGAAGGGUCUUUUAUUUUUCUCGUGAAUGGAUUCAUCUAAUCGACUGUUUAACAGACAGAGAACUGUUCAUGAGAUCCUUGGCGGUGGUUUAGUUGCAGAUGUGAUGUUGUGGAGGCGAGGGAACUUGACAAUGGGGAUCCUGUUGGUGACUCUAGCAGCUUGGGUGGUGUUUGAGAAAUCUGGUUACACUCUGCUAUCACUUGUCUCUAAUGUUCUUCUCCUCCUCAUUGUCAUUCUUUUUCUCUGGGCCAAAUCUGCUGCAAUUCUUAACAGGCCUGCUCCACCACUUCCGGAAUUGUAUCUAUCACAAGAAAUGGUAGAUGAAGUCGGAGCGUUCAUCCGAGCCCAUGUAAACGAUUUUCUAUCGGCUUCUCGAGAUAUCGCAUUGGGAAAAGAUGCAAGGUUGUUCUUCAAGGCUGCUGCGUACUUGUUGCUGAUUUCAGUUGUUGGUAGCCUUGCUGAUUUCCUUACUUUGGGUUACACCAGCCUUGUUGUGGUCCUCACGGUUCCAGCACUCUAUGAGAGAUACGAAGACUAUAUCGAUUCAUAUACCGUACUCGGAAGCAGGAAAAUGCAGCAGUUGUAUGUAAAAUUUGAUUCCAAGUUUGUGAACCGGUUCCAGAAAUGGAUUUUGGAGAGGCAGAAACUAAGCUAAUUUCUUUCGUUUCUUCCUCGGUUUUUUCUUUCUUCUCUAGAAUUCGUUUUCCUUUCUGAUUGAGAGUGAAAAAAACAGGCACAAGUGUCUUGUUUUGAGCAUUGGAGACGUGGAGAAAAGCAUUUUCUCGUCUUAAGCUGAUGUUUCCCUCUGGUACUGUUUCCGGCAUGUGAGUUCAUAGGCUCUUGAGCAGAGAGAUGUAAUGUAAGCCACCACUCAAUGAAAUUAUCUCUGUGA